CCUUCAUACUUCCGUUCUACCUCCAUCCCCUCCCUGAAAAAUGGUCCUUCCACCAAAUCCUAGCUAUCAAAUUGCCGUGACUGUUCUUCCUCCAUCCCUAUCAAAUCAACCCAUAUUGUUGAAAGUACAAUUAACUGCCCCGGGCCAUAAUUAAUUAAACGCAAAACUCCUGGGCAGCUUGAUUAAUAGGCAUAAAUCCAUUAGGUGUUAUUAGGGCGUCUACACGAACAUCAUCUAGGCAUUAAUCAGCUUGAUUAAUGUAAGAUUAUGUUUAACACUUAUACUUAUACUUACCUUCCUUUUCGGGUCAUUACUAACACUCACUACACUUCCAUUACUAACCCCGCAAACGUCCCGUCCAAACAGGCCCUUAGAUUCAUGUUACCCAGUGUAAAUCCUUCGAAAGAAAAAAGGAAAAUUUUCCAACAUUCGAUUCGCUGGACCGUUGUUCGAUUUGCAUAAUCACAAUCAAAUAACAGCAUAGAUGAGUUUAAUGGCUCUGAAUGGUUUGGGUUGCAGACAUGGCGUGGGUUGGAUCCCAAUAUCCAGCUGCAAUUACCUGCACCGAAGCAGAACUGCUCCUCUCGCUUGCUACUGUGAGAAGCAAAGGAAACUGGUUGAGCGGAAAUUUUCAUGCGAGGCUCUUCAGGAAGAGCCCGGGUUAUUUGUGAAGACGGGCCGUCUUGCAGGGUUUACAGGUGCUUUUGUUGCAUCAAAUAUGCUUAUGACUAGUACUGCAAAUGCUUUGACCAUGCAAGGCAACGUGCUUCCUUCUUCUCUUUACGCAUUGGCUGAUGGAGGCAUUACAGAUUGGUUUGGAGGCUUUGUAUACUCUGCUGGUCAACAGGCUAAUGAGGCUGUUCAAGGCCAGUUGUCAGCUCUUAGUUUUUCUAGUUUAGCUGUGAUAUUUGGAGCAGGGCUUGUAACCAGCCUUUCACCUUGUACGUUGAGUGUUUUGCCACUUACCCUCGGUUACAUUGGGGCAUUUGGCUCCGGGAAGAGUCGUGCAGCGGUUGUUGCAGAUUCUGUUGCUUUUGCAUUAGGAUUGGCCACAACACUUGCAUUACUCGGCAUUGCCGCUGCAUUUGCUGGAAGGGCAUAUGGUCAGAUCGGCCGUGGGCUACCUGUGGCUGCCUCUAGUCUUGCUAUUCUUAUGGGCCUUAAUUUGUUAGAGGUAGUAGAGUUGCAGCUUCCCUCAUUUUUCAAUAAUUUUGAUCCGAUUGCAGCUGCUGCCAAUUUUCCUUCAAGUGUGCAAGCAUAUUUGGCAGGUCUUACGUUUGCCUUAGCUGCAUCACCUUGCAGCACGCCUGUACUGGCCACCUUACUUGGAUAUGUUGCUGCAUCUAAGGAUCCAGUUGUAGGAGGCAGCUUACUACUGACAUAUACAACCGGAUAUGUUGCUCCAUUACUUCUUGCAGCUUCCUUUGCUGGAGCAUUACAGAGCCUACUUUCAGUGCGCAAGUUCUCAGCAUGGAUAAACCCAGUCAGUGGUGCACUCCUAUUAGGUGGCGGUGUAUAUACCAUCUUGGAUAAGCUUUUUCCUGUAACAAUGACAAUGUAGAGAUUCAGGUUGAUCAGGAUAGAUCUCGUCAAAUUGCACCAUUUGAAUUUUUAAUAUGCAAGACCGGUGAAGAUGUUCGAGAAAAAUGAAUUUGAUGCGGGUGGUAUUUAACCCUGUUAGGCAUUUGAUGAUGUAAUGUAUUUGGAAAUCCUCGCUAUUUUAUCCUUUGCAUAGCUACAAAAUGUAAGUGACUUAUAAAGAGCAUAUAAAAGGAGGGCUAUGCAUUCUGCCGCUCUGUAUUGCAUUCAAUUGGCUGAUAUCCCUUCAAGCAACGGCUAGUGUUCAUGAUUUAAAAUUUAAAUAGGGCGUUCUCCAUAAAGAAGUGACCUGAUCCGGAAUUCUAAUGUCCUCUUCCCUUUACCAUCUCCUUGUAUUGGUUCAGCGAUUCCUGCCUCUGCAACCUCAUAUCUUCGUUGAACUUCUUUAUGAAUGCCUCCACUCGCCGGGUCAGCUCAUCCUGA